CCCCUGCCCUGCUUACGUCAUCCGACCCUGACAAGCUUCACGUUUUCCCACUGUGACCUCGGACUGUCGUUGAAACAUAUGCACGCCUCUUAGCAUUAGCUUGAAUGAAAGCCGGUGGGAAAUCCUCAGAAACACAGUAAACCGUCGGCUGCUCCGUGUUUCCACAGCAUCCACCCGACACAGAGGAGCGGGCUAGCACGAGACAUGGCCGCAAUUGAGGAGCUUUCCCCCGAUGCGGGCCCGGUGUCUAUCCGGCCCCCCGAGGACGAGAUUGACGACGACGAAGAUGAAGAUCUGGAUGAGUCGAUGAUGGAGAGAUUGUGGGGCCUGACAGAGAUGUUCCCUAACACAGUUCGCACCGCUGCUGAGAUGUCUGCACAAUGCUCCGUCUCACUGGCCAAGAAGUUUUACAGUUUUUCCCGCUCGGCGCUCUGGGUCGGCACUACCUCCUUCAUGAUCCUGGUGCUGCCGGUUGUUUUUGAGACAGAAAGACUACAGCUGGAGCAGCAGCAGCUACAACAGCAGAGACAGAUCCUGUUGGGGCCCAACACUGGAAUGUCUGGUGGGAUGCCGGGCAUGAUGCCUCCUGCACCUGGCAAGAUGUGAGACACCUGAAGGGCCAACAUGAACCUGAAAUCUGCUGCUAGCGAUACAGCGGGGGCCGGUCGCAAGGAGAGACAGAGAGACCAUGGAGAAGGGCAAAGAACUGCACUUAAAUAAAUAAAAAAAGAGAAGCAAUAGCGACAUCUAAACAGCAUGACGGGCUCUCUCCAAUGUAUUGGAUUGGCUGGUGGGAUUGGAGGAGGAGGAUGAUGUGAUGCGUUUCUAACACUUCUCUCUCACUGUCUCUCCUUACUCCAACAUCAUGCAGAGACUUAUUUCCAGGAGCACUGCUUCUAUUUUCUUUUUUCCUUUUUUAAAAAUAAAUACUUCUAUCUACAUAAAUAAUGUGUUCUUUAGGGGAUAGCAGAUACAAGCGGAUACAUUGAAAGAAAAAAAGGUUACCGAAUUGUAUGUCUUGGUGUUUGCAGUCUGAACAUUGUUGCUAUACUUUCAGUAUGUUGGCAGUGUUUUUUCAUCGUCAUGUGUUUGCUGGUUCCACUUCUACUUGGAGAAUUGUGAUAAUAAGAUAUCUGACAGACGGGUGGAUGAAGAUUCAAUGAUAGGAAUAUGACCUUGAAGUUAUACAAGCAGAAUGACACUCCUUUCUAUGUGGUCCAUUCCUGUCUGUACAUUUGUCACAGUUCAAGAUUGUACCAUGUAUGUCGGAUGCCUCACUUCACGAUUAUUGGUUUUUAAUAUUCGAUUCGAAGAAUGUUUUGUCCAAAAUUAAUUUGUCAUAAGGUUUUGGACAAAUUUGGUUGUGGUGGUUGGAGAAGUUUUGACACUAAAUGUCUCAAUGUUACCCUGACAACCAGUCUGCAGUGAAUGCUAUUUUCUGUUUUCGUCCACAUGAUUUUACAAUCUCGUCUGUUCAGCAAGCAAACCCACGUCUCUGUUUUGUGUUCAACAUGACUGCGGUAAUUAAAACACCAAAUCAAAUGGAAAA